AUGGCGGGGAAGCUCUUGGGCGAUAAAGGAUCAGCGAGCGCGGAGAGCAGCAACAUGUUGGACUUCGACACGGCGGCAGCGGAGGCGGUGACGGAGGAAGAGCAGCCAGUCGAGCCGCUCGACAGCUUCGUGGAGCGCGCGCUCGUCAAGUCGCGCGCGCAGUACGACGCCAUGUACCGCCAGUCGCUCGACGAUCCCGAGGCCUUCUGGGGCGCCAUGUCGGCGCAGUACCACUGGGAGACUCCGUGGGAGGUGCUGCAAGAGGGCAACAUGGACGUGCGUCAAGGUGCCGUGGACAUCAGGUGGUUCGUGGGGGGCCGCACCAACCUCUGCUACAAUGCCGUGGACCGCCACGUGGCGGCGGGGCGCGGCGAGAAGGUCGCCAUUUUCUGGGAGGGCAACGACCUGGGCGUGUCGGGCCAGUGGACGUAUUCGCAGCUGCUGGCUCAGGUGUGCCGCAUCGCCAACUACCUGCGGAGCGUGGGCGUGCGCAAGGGCGACGUGGUCACCAUCUACCUGCCCAUGGUCCCCGAGCUCCCCGCCGCCAUGCUCGCGUGCGCGCGCAUUGGCGCGGUGCACUCGGUGGUGUUCGCGGGUUUCUCCGCGGAGGCGCUCGCGGGGCGCAUCGCGGACUCGGCUUCGCGCGUCGUGCUGACGGCGUCCGCCGUGAUGCGCGGGACGAAGCUGAUCGCGCUGAAGAAGAUCGUCGAUGAGGCCGUCGCGCAGUGCGGCGCCGCGCGCCUGGAGCCCAGCACGGUGCUGGUGUUCGAUAACGACCUCGCCAAGCAGCGCUCCCACGUCCCAUUCGAGCCGUCGCGCGACGUGUGGUGGCAGGACGCGGUGCGUCUCCAGCCCGACACGUGUCCCGUGGAGUGGAUGGAGAGCGAGGACCCGCUCUUCCUGCUCUACACAUCCGGCAGCACCGGCAAGCCCAAGGGCGUGCAGCACACCACGGGCGGAUUCAUGGUCGGCGCGGGCACGAGCUUCAAAUACAUCUUCGACCAUCAUGAGGAUGAUGUGUACUGGUGCACGGCGGACUGCGGGUGGAUCACGGGGCACACGUAUCUCGCGUACGGGCCGCUGCUGAACGGGUCGUCCAUGGUGGUGUUCGAAGGCGUGCCCACGCACCCUGACGCUGGCCGCUGCUGGGACGUCGUUGAUAAGUACAAGGUGACUGUCUUCUACACGGCGCCCACGGCCAUCCGCGCCCUCUCAUGCGAUGCGGCGACCAGCUGGUUCCACUCUGCAGUGGGAAGGGGGCGCUGCCCCAUCGUUGACACCUGGUGGCAGACAGAGACAGGCGCUAUCAUGAUCACGCCUCUCCCAGGCGCCAUGCCCUUAAAGCCCGGGUGUGCAACGCUGCCCUUCUUUGGCGUGGAGCCAGUGGUGUUGGACGAGCAGGGCAGGGAGAUAGCCGCAGGCGAGGGCGAGGAAGUGGCAGGGCUGCUGUGCAUCAAGCGCCCAUGGCCCAGCAUGAUGCGCACCGUUGUGGGCGACCAUGCUCGGUUCGAGACCAACCACUUCGCCCCCUUCCCGGGCUACUAUUUCUCCGGGGACGGCUGUCGCAGGGAUGCAGAUGGCUUCUACUGGAUCACAGGCCGGGUGGAUGAUGUCAUCAAUGUCAGUGGGCACCGCAUUGGGACAGCAGAGGUGGAGAGUGCGCUUGUAGCCCAUGACAUCUGCGCUGAGGCAGCAGUGGUGGGAUAUGAACACCCCAUUAAGGGGCAAGGGCUUUACGCCUUUGUCACACUCAUGGAAGGCAUUGGGCAGUCUGACGAGGUGAGGGCGCAGCUCAAGUCAGCAGUGCGUCAGCAUAUAGGGGCAUUCGCUGCCCCUGAUGUAAUCCACUGGGCUCCAGGCCUUCCCAAGACUCGGUCUGGAAAGAUCAUGCGCCGCGUAUUGCGCAAGAUAGCUGCUAAUGACAUCGAAGCACUUGCUUUGAAGAUGGCUCCUUCAUCUCAAGAUCUAUUUCUCCUCUCCCCUCUGACCAGUCCCGUGCCUCAAUCGCUGUACCCGUUGCUCGCCGUCGCGCUCGUCACCGCCGGUCUCAUUGCCACAGGAGCUUUCUUCGUCUAUGAAGCCACUGUUUCGAAAUUCAGCAGAUCUUUGGUUAGAGAACUACUCCUGUCAGCCAUUGCGUCUGUGCUGUUGGGUUUUGGCACGCUCUUCCUCUUCCUAUGGACGGGGGUGUACGUUUGA